AUGAAGACCUCCUCUUUCUCCUUCUUCGUCCUCGCCGCCGUUACUCAGGCAAUGGCGGUAGCAAGCGAUUCGAACCGUACACUCGCAUGCGCGUCGCCCUGGACGGCGGUGCCCCUCCUGCGGGGCUACAGUGGAAACUGGCGCGACCAUUUCUACACCACCUCCCUCGACGAGAUGAACAACGCCGUUAAGAACAUCGGAUUCACCGCCGAAGGUACCGCGGCGUACGUGUUCCCUGGCACAACAGGCAGCGAUGGAACCAUUCCCUUCUAUCGCCUAUUUAACGGCGCCCACACGGACCACUUCUACACCACCACUGCCGGGGAGGUGAGCAGUGCUAGCCGUCUGGGAUACGAUUACGAAGGCAUUGCCGGCUAUAUCUACCAGAAUGCCAACUGCGGCGGCGUUCCACUCUAUCGUCUCUACAGUGGAAGCAGCGUCGAUCACUUCUACACGACCUCCGCGAGUGAGCGCGACAAUGCGAUAAGGAAUCUGGGGUACACAGAUGAAGGGAUUUCGGGAUAUGUUUUGCCCGUUUAG